UGUGUGUGUGUGUGUACCCGUGUGUGCAAGUGUACAUGGACAUGUGUAAUUAUAGUAUAGUUGUGACUUUUAUAUAUUUAUAUUCAUUGUGACAUUCAAAUAAUAGAAAAAACAUCAAAUGCAAUAUAAUGCUCUAAUUAUGGAAAUAUAAGAGUAUGUGCAAUUAUCAGAAGAGAAUAUUCCUUUCCAAGGAAUUCAUUUUGGACAUUUUAAGUCUCUUUGCCACUGCAUGACAGUACAUGGGGUAUUUUACUAAUUAUUUUUGAAGUGUCAUUUUUUUGAGUGAAAGCUCUAUAGUCUUUUUAAGGGUUUUAAUACACAUUUACACAGAUGUUUAAUUCAUAUUUUAUCAAACUGAAAUGGACUGAAGUGGAUUUCAGAUCUUCCUCUUAGAACCAUUCAAAUGUAAGUUUAUUAAUUGAACCAACCUCCUCUUUUUCCUGCCAUUUCUAGCAGUCAGACACAGUAUGCCAUUUGUACACAAUCAUGUGUGAAAAUGUUUUGGCUUUGCAAUUGUGUUGCACUAUAAAUCACAUACAAAAUUAAAUUGAUCCAGAAUGAACACCAGAAUCAAGUUCACUAGUUCUCACAAGCUAAGGAAUUGAACCAUUUGAAAAUUAUUUUGUUCUGUGCCUAUUACUUUUCUCCAGGAUCUGUUUCCUUGCUUCAUUCUUAAAAAAGCUCUUUAUUCAAAAUCUCCUACAGGAUCAAGUAGCUCUGGGCCACCAGCCAUUUCCCAGAAGGUGAAGCCUAUGACAAGGGCUUUCACCACCCGUAAGGGCCCCCUCUACCACAACUGCCAGCUUAGGGCCCCCGAUGAUCAACCCCUGUGUGUUUGUGACCCCAAAAAGGCAUGGUGGUAUGUAGAAAAGGGCCUUGGGGUUGUGGCCUCUGAAGAUCCCCUGGUGGUGAGGCUGACCUUCGAGCCCUCAGGCCGACCACAGGUGGAGAGGGAAGAUGGCAGGUUCUAUCUUCAGGAGCGACACAAUAUCUGUGUGGCAUGUGGCAAGGACCAGUCAUAUAUCAGGAAGAACGUUGUUCCUCAUGAAUACAGGAAGUACUUUCCUGACAUCUUGAAAGACCACCAGAGUCAUGAUGUUGUGCUCUUGUGCAUUGAGUGCCACAAGCUUAGCAACCUUCAUGAUCAGUCAUUCCGACACCAGUUAGCAAGGGAGUUUAGUGCCCCUAUUGGAACAGAACAAGAUGUCAAAGUCAGCAUUGACAGGUCCCGGAAAAUAGUAAGGAAUGCAGCCUCAGCAUUAGUAAAUAACAAAGAAAAUAUACCUGAAGAGCGGAUUGCUGUUUUAGAAAAAAUAAUCAAAGAUUAUUUCCAUAUAGAAGAUUUGGAUAAUGAUUUUCUGAAAGACGUAGUUAAAAUGGACAUCAAGAUUUGGAAUGAUGACUACCAAUCACAUGGACAUAAGGUCUAUGAAGGUUACGAGAAAGUUGGUGUGAUGAAGUUAGAGCAGAGGUGGCGGGAGCACUUUCUGUCCUCCAUGAAGCCACAGCAUAUGCCAGAGGGCUGGUCUGUCACACAUAACUUCUUCAAGAUGCAGCUCAAAGCAAGUCACUUCCCACCAGAUCACCCAGAGCGCAUGAAGUACAAAAUUGCAUUGGUUGGCACAGAAGGGGAACUUGAUAUUCCAUACAGUCCUCCAGUGAAAAGGGAGAACUCACCCUCAAGUUCAACUGAAUCACAAAGCAGAGAGACAACUCCUGAGAGGAUGUUUGUCAUACCUGCUCUUUCUUCAGGCGAUGAUAAGACUCUUUGUGUUGAGGGAGGAUGCUAAUUUUCCUAAUGUGGAGUUUCAUAAUUGUGACAUUUCUCUUGACUUGGUUCAAGAUUAUCUAUCUACUGUUUGUAUGGUAAUAUCUGAGUAUAAAAAAAAUAUAUUUGUUUAUGUAUGA